AGCCCGCUGAGGGGCCUUGCCCUGUCCCGGGGUCCGGUCGUGUCCUCAGGUCGCCCCCUGUCUCAGCGUCCCUCUCAGACUCCGGGCUCCCCCGGCGCCUGGCCAGGAGAAGAAAACCCACCUUUAUCUUCAGAAACAAAAUGGAAUGACAGAGCAGAAACGGUGAUAAUUGGAGGUGGCUGUAUCGGUGUGAGUCUGGCUUAUCACUUGGCCAAAGCGGGCAUGAGAGAUGUGGUCCUGCUGGAGAAGUCGGAGCUCACGGCUGGGUCUACCUGGCAUGCGGCAGGUCUAACAACUUAUUUUCAUCCUGGAAUAAACUUGAAGAAAAUACACUAUGAUAGCAUCAAACUUUAUGAGAAACUGGAAGAAGAAACUGGACAGGUGGUGGGAUUCCAUCAGCCAGGUAGCAUCAGAAUCGCUACAACUCCCAUACGGGUAGAUGAAUUUAAAUACCAAAUGACACGCACCGGCUGGCAUGCUACAGAACAGUAUAUUAUUGGACCUGAAAAAAUCCAAGAGAUGUUCCCUUUACUUAACAUGGAUAAGAUUUUAGCUGGACUGUAUAACCCUGGAGAUGGUCACAUUGAUCCUUAUUCUCUUACGAUGGCCUUGGCUGCUGGGGCUAGGAAAUAUGGGGCCCUUUUAAAAUAUCCCGCACCUGUAACUUCUCUGAAACCCAGGUCAGAUGGAACAUGGGAUGUUGAAACGCCACAAGGAUCUAUGCAAGCAAACAGAAUUGUGAAUGCUGCAGGGUUCUGGGCACGUGAAGUAGGUAAAAUGAUUGGCCUGGAACAUCCUCUCAUCCCAGUCCAACAUCAGUACGUGGUUACCUCCACCAUCCCGGAAGUGCAAGCUCUGAAGCGAGAACUCCCUGUGCUCCGGGACCUGGAAGGGUCCUAUUACCUCCGGCAGGAGCGGGAUGGGCUUCUAUUUGGACCCUACGAGAGUCAAGAGAAGAUGAAGGUCCAGGACUCCUGGGUCACUGGAGGGGUCCCCCCAGGCUUUGGAAAGGAGCUCUUUGAGUCUGACCUAGACCGAAUCAUGAAACAUGUGGAAGCAGCCAUGGAGAUGGUUCCAGUCUUGAAAACGGCUGACAUCAUCAACGUUGUCAACGGUCCUAUCACGUACUCCCCUGACAUUCUGCCCAUGGUUGGCCCACACCAGGGGAUCAGAAACUACUGGGUGGCUGUAGGCUUUGGGUACGGCAUCAUCCACGCUGGUGGGGCAGGGAAGUACCUCAGCGACUGGAUCCUGCAGGGAGAGCCUCCUUUUGACCUGAUAGAACUGGAUCCCAACCGCUAUGGCAAAUGGGCCACAGCUCAGUACACCGAGGCCAAAGCCAGAGAAUCGUACGGAUUCAACAACAUUGUUGGCUUCCCUAAGGAAGAGCGCGCAGCAGGGCGGCCCACGCAGCGAGUCAGCGGGCUCUACCGGACCCUGGCACCCAAGUGCUCCAUGGGGUUCCACGCGGGCUGGGAGCAGCCAAACUGGUUCUACAGACCCGGCCAGGACACUCAGUACAGGCCAAGUUUUCACCGCACAAACUGGUUUGAGCCGGUGGGCUGUGAGUAUAAACAAGUUAUGCAAAGCGUGGGAGUGAUCGACCUGACCCCGUUUGGCAAGUUCCACAUCAAAGGCCAGGACUCUGUGAGGCUGCUGGAUCAUCUCCUGGCCAAUGUCAUCCCAAAGGUGGGUUUUACAAAUAUAAGCCACAUGUUGACGCCCAAAGGUCGUGUGUACGCCGAACUGACUGUUUCUCACCAAUCCCCUGGCGAGUUUCUGUUAAUAACUGGUUCUGGAUCCGAACUUCAUGAUCUUAGAUGGAUCGAGGAGGUAGCCGGCAAAGGUGACUACAACGUUGAGAUUAGAAACAUAACUGAUGAGCUGGGCGUCCUUGGCAUUGCCGGGCCACACGCGAGGAGGGUCCUUCAGAAGCUGACCUCUGAAGACCUCAGUGAAAGUGCUUUCAAGUUUCUGCAAACCAAGUCCUUCAAGGUUUCCGGCAUUCCUGUCACUGCUAUUAGGAUAUCGUACACUGGUGAGCUGGGCUGGGAGCUGUACCACAGGCUGGAAGACACGGCCGCCCUCUACGAGGCCAUCAUGAACGCGGGGCAGCAGGAGGGGAUCGACAAUUUCGGAACCUACGCCCUGAACGCCUUGAGACUGGAGAAAGCUUUCCGCGCCUGGGGGGCCGAGAUGAACUGUGACACAAAUCCCUUGGAAGCGGGACUGGAAUAUUUUGUCAAGCUAAACAAGCCAGCAGACUUUGUAGGAAAGCAGGCACUGAAACAGAUUAAAGCCGAGGGGCUGACACGGAGGCUGGUCUGCCUCACCUUGGCAACGGACAACGUGGACCCAGAGGGAAAUGAAAGCAUCUGGUAUGGUGGCAAGGUGGUUGGCAACACAACAUCUGGCAGCUACAGCUACAGCAUCCAGAAGAGCUUGGCUUUUGCUUAUGUCCCUGUAGAGCUAAGUGGAGUGGGACAGCAGGUGGAAGUUGAACUAUUAGGUAAAACUUAUCCGGCAACUAUCAUACAAGAACCCUUGGUAGUGACAGAACCAACUAGAAACCGGCUUGAGAAAAAAGGUGGAAAGGACAGAACUUGAAAAACACCUUAUCAGUCAGCUGAAAUCUACUCGCUAUACAACUGUACUUGAAAUUAUUAUAAUUGGUUCCAGGGGUAUAGAGGGUCCCAAGAAUUCAUUGCAAAACCAAGAAUCUAGAUUUAGACUCUUAAAACCUUUCUCCUAAUUGAUUCCUGAGCAAGACAGGGUAAUGAAUGAGUGAUUUACAGCAUUUUUU